GAUGAUCCCCUGGAUUCUGCAAACAAUCUCGAAGACCUGUCCUACUCUCAAGGCUUCUCUGCAGGCUCAUCCCACGGCCGUCUGCACGGUCUAUUUGAAGGCCGCCAGCUGGGCCGCGAGAAGGGCUUUGAGAUCUGGGAUGAAGUUGGCUUUUACCAAGGGACUGCCAAAUUCUGGAAAGGCGUCUUGAUGACGAGCGGCGACAAGGCGACGCGAAAGGUGACCAAGCAACUUGGCCAUAUUGACGCUUUGGAACGCCUGAUAUCAGCUUUCCCUAUGAAGAACAAGUCUGGGGAGGCACUGCCAUCUGCGCCGCCUGGCUCUCUAGAGACAGUUGAUGAAGGCGAUGCGAGCGAUGCAGGGGCCGCCGAGGACGCUUCAGAGCUUGCGGACGCUACCGACGAACAGCUUGCUCAGAUGGAUAUGGCUACUUUACUAGAAAGAAUCAGGGCCAGGUACAAGCUGAUGUGUGCCUCACUUGGCAUACCUGCCAAGGGAACAGCCGAAGAAGUGUCUCAAUCUGCCUCCGCGGCUGCGUCCAAGACGACGGCCACGAUUGCUGGUAGAACCGUCGACACUACACAGCUUCGCUUCUAG